AAAAAUAGAUUUGACGUCACUGUGUGAUCCUGGCUCCGGCGGAGUCAACAUGGCGGCUGCUGGUGCGGGAGGUGACGGGGGGAGCGAGGCAGGCUCCGGUGACUCGGUUGGUGACUGCUAUGAUCAAGCAGAUAAGAGGAAGAUGGGUUAUCCAGCUAACCUUAAAGAGAGCCCCUUUAAAUACUUGGUGGAGCCUCUUGAGUGCAGUCCUGACAAGAUGUUCUUUAAUAUAUCUAAACUGCAGGCCUCAGACUACGAUGCCUUGCCUUACUGUAUCCGUGUGGUGCUAGAAUCUGUAGUGCGUAACUGUGAUGGUGUCUUAGUGAAACAGGAAGAUGCCAUGAAUGUUUUGAAAUGGAAGACCAACCGUGAAUGCCAAGAAGUUCCGUUCCUACCAGCCCGUGUAGUUCUGCAGGAUUUCACGGGCAUUCCUGCAAUGGUAGAUUUUGCUGCGAUGAGAGAUGCUGUGAAGAAACUCGACAAAGAUCCUGCAUUUGUGAAUCCAGCCUGUCCCACAGACCUUAUCGCAGAUCAUUCUUUGCAGCUGGAUUUCACUAAAUGCAGUGCUGCACAGAGUGUCCCUGGUGCAGCCUUUAUUGACCUACAUCGACCGCCUUCCAAGCUGUCUCCUGCUAAAUCAGUACCGUCUAAAACCCAGUGUAGAGGACAAAGUGGCUGUAAAGGAGCCUGCGAUUCAAGAGCAUCAAGCAGGAACUCUCGGGAACAGAUUGAAAAUACCCCAAUGUUAUGUCCUUUCCAUUUGCAACCAAUCCCAGAACCAGAAGCUGCUUUGAAAAGUCUUGAGAUCGAAUUUAACAGGAAUAAAGAGAGGCUUCAGUUUUUCAAGUGGUGUUCAAAGGCUUUCCAGAAUGUCACUGUUAUUCCCCCAGAAACAGGGACUGUACAUCAAGUAAAUCUGGAGUAUCUGUCCCGAUUAGUCAUGGAGGAAGGAGGAGUCUUUUAUCCAGACAGUGUACUUGGUACUGACUCUCACAUCACUAUGGUGAAUGGCCUUGGAAUCUUGGGAUUAGGUGUAGGAGGAAUAGAAUCUGAAGCUGCUAUGCUGGGCGUACCCAUUACAUUAACUCUGCCGGAAGUUGUUGGAUGUGAGGUGGUUGGCUCUGUCGGUCCACUUGCUACUUCCAUAGAUGUUGUUUUAAGCAUCACCAAGCACUUAAGACAGGCUGACGUGUCUGGGAAAUUUGUGGAGUUUUUUGGAGAAGGAGUGUUGCAGCUUUCUGUGGCUGACCGCACCACUAUAGCCAACAUGUGUCCAGAGUAUGGGGCCUUGGUGGCAUUCUUCCCAGUGGAUCAAGUAACCCUUAGCCAUCUGCAACAAACUGGUGUUGCUGAGCACAGACUAAGGACAUUUGAGGCCUACUUGAAAGCUGUAAAACUGCUCAGAGAAGAGAAAUGUAUAACAACACCACAAUAUUCCAAGGUCUUAGAAAUUAACUUGAACACCAUUGUCCCAUAUGUGAGUGGCCCUAAGAGGCCUCAAGAUCGGGUAUCUGUAACUGAUAUGAAGAAGGAUUUUGAAGCAUGCCUAAGUGAAAAGGUGGGUUUGAGAGGAUUCCAAAUUCCAGCAGAAAAACAGAAAACAGAGGUUGCUGUGACUUAUGGAAACUCAGAAUAUCUGUUGUCGCAUGGCUGUGUCCUUACAACUGCUGUCAUCAGCUGUACCAACAACUGUAACCCCUCUGUCAUGCUAACUGCAGGUCUCUUAGCUAAGAAGGCUGUGGAAGCUGGACUCAAGGUGAAGCCAUACAUAAAGACAAGCCUAUCGCCUGGAAGCGGUAUGGUCACACAUUACCUCACUGCCAGUGGAGUGCUGCCUUUCUUGAACCAGCUUGGGUUUGACAUUAUUGGCUAUGGAUGCUCGAGAUGUGUUGGGAACAUCAAUCCUUUACCUGAGGAAAUAGUCACUGCAAUUAAAGAGGGGGACCUGGUGGCUUGUGGGAUUUUCUCUGGAACCAAGCACUUUGAGGGUAGCAGAUGUAGCUGUGUCCGUGCAAAUUACUUGGCUUCUCCACCUCUGGUUGUUGCCUAUGCUUUAGCAGGCACUGUGAAUAUAGAUCUGCAAACAGAUGCUUUGGGGGAUAAUGCUAAGGGGGAGAAGAUCUUCCUACGAGACAUUUGGCCCAGCCGUGAGGAGGUUUUACAAGUAGAGGAACAUCUUGUUAUACCAUCCAUGUUCAAAGAUCUGAAAGUCAAAAUAGAGAAGCAAAAUACACGAUGGAACCUUCUGGAUGCACCAGAAAGCACUUUAUUCCCAUGGGAUCAGAGAUCUACCUAUAUCAGAAGUCCCCCUUUUUUUAAUAAACUAGAAAAGGUCCCAACAGCACUUCAGCCAAUUGAGAAAGCUCAUGUGUUACUUUACCUAGAGGAUUCCAUUACUACUGACCAUAUUUCCCCUGCAGGAAGCAUCCCUCGUACAAGCCCAGCUGCCAAGUACUUGACUCAGAGGAAUCUGAUACCCAGGGAGUUUAAUUCGUAUGGGGCUCGCAGAGGCAAUGAUGCUGUGAUGACUAGAGGCACUUUCGCAAACAUGAAACUUUUUAAUAAACUCAUUGGGAAAAUGGGGCCAAAAACCAUCCAUUUUCCAACUGGACAGAUGUUGGAUGUAUUUGAAGCUGCAGAACUUUACCAAAAAGCAGAUAUUCCGCUCAUCAUUAUUGCUGGCAAAAAGUAUGGAUCAGGGAACUCGAGAGACUGGGCAGCCAAAGGGCCGUUUCUGUUGGGUGUCCGUGCAGUGAUAGCUGAAAGCUAUGAAAAGAUACAUAAGGACCAGCUGGUUGGAAUUGGCAUUGCUCCUCUUCAGUUUCUUCCUGGAGACAGUGCAGUAUCACUUGGCCUCUCAGGAAAAGAGCAGUAUUCUCUACAUAUUCCUGCCAACCUGGUUCCUGGGGAAACUUUGGAGGUCAAGACGAGCAGCGGGAAGUUAUUUCGGGUGAUCGCCGCCUUUAAUAAUGAAACAGAGUUUGAAUUCUACAAGCACGGUGGGAUAUUAAGCUAUGUGGCUCGAAAAUACUUAUAGUAGACAGAAAAGACAGAUGAUGAACUCUUAUGGAUUGCACAGAUGCUUCCUGUACUCUCGUACCUUCUUUCCCUCCUUAAAGACUGGUGGGAAGCAAAACCAGUGAAGCCUCUUCCAGCACUUUCAGUAGAUGAAUGGUGCUAUGGGCAUGCCUUCCUCAAUCCUACUGAGGGAUAACCAAAAUCCCAAUUACACAGACUCGCACAUCACUUUGCAAGUGGCGUUCUCUGACUUGCUUUGAAGUCUUGUAUACAUUGCAUUGUUUUACUUUACAAGACCUGCAACUGCUAUUUCAAGGACUUCCAAUAGCGGUUUCAUUGAAGGAGUGGCACCGUUUUAUUUAAAGACUGUUCUUCCAUGCAAUGAGCUCUUAGUUUCCAUUCUAUCACGGGCGUAAAGACUUAUUUACUUUUGGUUGUGUGGGCACUGGACUCAUUGUUGAGAAUGCUAUGAAAUAAAAAUGCCUAAAUCUUCAUUCUCA